AUGCCAUCAUUCAAACUCACCGCCUUCCUCUCACUCGCCGUUCUCCUCCUCGCGACGCAGAUUCCUUGGACAAUGCAUGCCCUAAACGCACUGAAGGCAGCUCACUCUGCGAAGCCGUUGAAUUCGCCUGUUGCUGUGUUCGUUGGGGGGACAGCGGGAAUCGGUGCUGCGCUCGCUGUGAAGACGGCCAAGUACUCCACCAACCCAAACAUCCACAUCGUCGGACGUAGCAAGGCUUCAGCCGAGAAAGUGCUCGCCGAACUCAAGGCAGCGAACAAAGAUGGGCAAUAUCAGUUCCACGAAUGCGAUGUCUCCCUCCUCUCAAACGCCCGCACUUUGGCUAGCACACUCGCCCAACAACUCCCAAAAAUCAACCUCCUCGUGCUCUCUCCGGGUAUCCUCUCGAUGAACGGCCGCACGGAUACCACAGAGGGGCAUGAUGUCAAGAUGGUGCUGCACUACUACACCCGCGCGCUUUUCAUUGACUCGCUGGUGCCUAAUCUGAAGGCCGCCACCGACGCGAAGGAGGAUGCAAGGGUGAUGAGUGUGCUGGACAGUCUCAGGGGCGACUACAAGAAAGUGCUCUGGGACGACCUGGAGCUCAAGAAGAGCUUCACCCUGGGCAACGCGGCGCAGCACUGCAUGGCGUUCACGGACGUCGCUGUACAACGAUUCGCGCGCCUCAACCCCACAAUCUCAUUCCAGCACUCCUACCCCUCCCUCGUCGCGACCAACAUCGGGCGCAGCCUCCCGUGGUACGCCGCCGGCCCCCUCACCACCCUCUCCAAGGUCUUCGGCAGCGCCGCCGAGGAUACCGCCGAGUUCUUCUACGACGCGCUCGUCAACCCCGCGAUGGCGACCGGCCCGCAUUUCGUGGAUUCGAAGGGCAAGGAGGUGCAGAAGGCGGAGAGCCCGGAGGACGUGCAGGAGAAGAUCUGGGAACAUACGAAGAGCGUUAUCGAGGGCCAGUAG